ACGAGCAACUGAAACUGAAUUGGACAUUUGGAAAUUGGACAUUCGUCUGUUGGUUCUUCGAAAGUAAAUUUAAUAACUGAUCAUGAUGGAUUACGAAUUCAAGAUGAAGACGCAGAAGGACCGCAUCAAGGUCGAGGAUCUGUUCGAGUACGAGGGCUGCAAAGUCGGGCGAGGUACUUAUGGCCACGUCUACAAAGCUCGUCGUAAAGAGGGACCGGAUACAAAAGACUUUGCCUUGAAACAAAUCGAAGGCACUGGACUGUCCAUGUCUGCAUGCAGAGAAAUCACACUACUUAGAGAACUCAAGCAUGUUAAUGUGAUUACCCUGAUCCGUGUAUUUUUAUCUCACAAUGAUAGAAAAGUAUGGCUUCUAUUUGAUUUUGCAGAACACGACUUGUGGCACAUUAUUAAAUUUCACAGAACUGCCAAGGCAAACAAAAAACAAAUCAUGGUACCAAAGGGCAUGGUUAAAUCUUUACUGUAUCAAAUCUUAGAUGGCAUUCAUUAUUUACAUUCCAAUUGGGUUCUUCACAGAGAUUUGAAACCGGCAAAUAUUUUGGUCAUGGGGGAAGGCAAUGAAAGGGGACGUGUGAAAAUUGCAGAUAUGGGGUUUGCUAGGUUGUUUAAUGCCCCCUUGAAACCUCUAGCAGACUUGGAUCCUGUUGUAGUCACUUUCUGGUACAGAGCUCCUGAGUUACUUUUAGGAGCUAGGCAUUACACCAAGGCCAUUGAUAUAUGGGCCAUUGGAUGCAUUUUCGCAGAACUCUUGACUUCAGAGCCAAUUUUUCACUGCAGACAGGAGGACAUUAAAACUAGCAACCCAUACCAUCAUGACCAAUUAGAUAGGAUAUUCAACGUUAUGGGUUUUCCUCUGGAAAAAGAUUGGGAAGAUAUUAAGAAAAUGCCUGAACAUCAGACUUUGUUAAGAGAUUUCAAGAGAUCAAAUUACGCAAAUUGCUCUUUGACAAAGUAUAUGGAUCGUCAUAAAAUUAAACCAGACAGCAAAGCUUUCAAUUUGUUACAAAAGUUAUUAAUGAUGGAUCCCAAUAAAAGGAUUACAUCGGAAAAUUCCAUGCAAGACCCUUACUUUCAAGAAGAUCCAACACCUACUCCAGAUAUUUUUGCAGGGUGUCCAAUCCCAUAUCCAAAAAGAGAAUUUUUAACAGAUGAUGAUGCCGAUGAUAAGACUGAAAAUAAAACUAGACAAAAUCAACAGCAAACACAACAAAAUCAACAGCAGCAAGGAAACGGUGAUCACAAUCAUGGCCAAAAUACUAAGAGAGUGAGACUGAACGGCCCGCAUGGAACAGAUUUUCACCAACACCAAAGCCAUGCUAUGAGUCAACAGCAUCCUCAAGGUAUGGUCUAUUCGACUGCUCAACCAACACAGCAAGCGAAUUUUCAUCAGCGUUUUUAAUAAGUAUCUUUGAAAUGACUGAUUAAAUAAGUUAAUUACUGAACAAAGACUAACACUUAAAAAAUUCGAUACAAUCGGCUCUGUGAAGAGUCAGCAAACAAUUGUUUUUUGUAAAACACCAUUUUUGGAAUCGCGAUUAAUUUUCUCUGUUAUCCAAUAAUCGAUUUUAUUAAGUUGGAAUUGAUAACAUAGUCUCCUCUUAAAAUAUUAGAUUUUGUACAGUGUAGUAUGUUAAAAUAAGAAUUAUAAAGACGUUCACAUUUGAGGGUUUCCGUCGCUAACUCUAUAACUUGCUACAUUAUAUGAUCGUUUAUAGAACAGUGGCACUGAUUGUCUUGCCGAUCCCAACUGCUAAAUCAUAAUUUGACGUAAUUACAUCUAUAAAUCGAAUUAUCGAUGUACGAAACUUUUUUCUUGUUUUGAAAAAUACUCGUACAUUUGUUAGUAUAAUCAUUGCCGCUUGCUUAAAAAUGUGAUUGCCAGUACUAAAAUUUCAUGAAUCAUGGCAAGGCUCUCAAUUCGAUCUAAAAAUAUUAAAAAACUCAGACUUUGCAAGGACAGCAAGCAGCUGGACUAUAGUGUGUGGAACUAGGUACAUUUAAAUUUCCAAUUUCUAAUACGACUAAAAUAUAUGAUAUACUCUAAUGAAACAUUUGACAAGAUUGUAGUUUUCAUAAACUUUUAUUUUGCCAUUAAAAUUAUCAGCCUUAAAAAACUAUUGGUUUACUGAUUGGUUGUCUUAAACGUGUAAGCCAUUUGGAAAACUUGUUAAAAGUCGAACAAAAGCUUGAGCAACACAAUCUCAUUAGUAAACGCGUUUUUUUCCUCGAGCAACGUGUACUAAUUUCUUAAUUCUAUAACGUUUAUCAAACUAUGCCAGCAGUUGUUGAUGCGAUGCAAUCUCUGCCCCGAAGAGCUCUGCAUGUGCCUGUGUCCUCGAGCUGGUUUACGUUAUUGGUUUUGCCUUCGGCACUUUGCUAAGGCUACUUUAGGUACUACUUUAUGUUACACUGACUCAAUCUGAUGUAGACCCGAUGCAACCUACGUGCUAUAUGCCUUGUGACGGUGAUAUCGUAAGAGUAUGCACGAUUAUCGAAUAUAAAUUUACAGAGUUGCAAAGACUUUUGAUUUAAAAUAAAUUUUUUUUUUUUGUA